GUAAUGUGUUGUGGAUAAUUUACUAUAUUUUGGUAUCAUCUGUUGAACUCUUUACGUUUGUUUUGUUGUAUCAUCAGCUGCUCCAUCUGAUGAAUGGAAGAUUAUGGAAACAACAACCACAGCUCCAGAAGAAGUUGCCCAACCAGUGGCAUCAGUUGCAGAAAACAUUGGCAAUGAAGGAGGAUUAUUGCAAUCAGAUAGCGUGUCAGUAUUGGUACCUGAAGGUACAGUUUCUAUUCCUACUACAUUCUCUAUUGCCACAUAUUUGGAUGAACAAGUGAUGCCACAAGUCAAUGAAGAAGAGGUGGUGGUCAGCCCUGUUGUUCACAUCUCCACAUCACAAUCUUCUCACAAGUUCAACAAAUCCGUGCAACUGUCUCUUCGACCCGAGGUAGCACUGAAACCAAGGGAGCACGAGACCGGAUGGCUUUUGGAGCUGAAGAUGAGCGAGUCGUCAACUGAAGGCAAGCCUUCUGAAUGGCACACUGUGUUGCAACUCAACACCGACACAGAAGAAGUGGAGACACACUCACCAUCCAUUCGUUAUGAUCCAAACACUCAAACACUGUAUGUCAAUGAUGUCGGUUACAUGGUAUGGCUUGGCAAGGCACUUGGCAACCAAUCUAUGCGAGACGUACGCUAUGCUCUAUUUGGCCAACAGCUGCAAUUACACAAUUGGAAGAUUGCCGCUCACGUCAUCCAUGGCGCAAUGUCCACCUACAAUGAAAUAGCUGAAAAUAUGAAAUCAAAGUCUUAUGAAGAGCUAACAGUUCCUAUCAAGGACCGCAUUGGUUUGGAAGGUAAAGUGCGCAUGUCAAUUGAAUGUUGUGACCCAUGGCAAAUGGGUUUGGGAAAAGCGGUCACUCACAUUCCAACUAGACGAAUAUGGAAUAGUCGAAAGGAUGCUGCAUGUUAUUACGAGUUCACAUUACAAGAUAGAGAGAGAAGCUCUGACACUCUACAGUGUACAGUUGAGGCAUCAUUUGAGCAGGACGAGAAGGAAAAGUCUGAUGAUCCUUCUGAUCCUCUCACUUUGAUUGUUGCUCAUCCAUUGACUAAACUACCUCGUACUACUGAAAUAACAACAGGUGAUAGGCCUGCACUUGACACAGCAUUGAAUGUUGAUGAUGAUGAUAUUUCACAGUAUGCCAAAGAAAUAACAAGAAACAGUGAUAAAUUAGGGGGAUUCUGGCUUGGAUGGUCGGCCAUUCCAGUCGAUGUCAUAAGGGAUGUCAGUCAUCUUGUUACCGAUAUUGGUAUCGCACAUCUUCUUGCCAAAUCUCUUCUGAGCGAUGAAUCGGUUGAGAAGGAAUUUAAGAGCAUUUUCCAGUCAAGAGAACCAAUCUUUACUAUCAUUAAGUUAUGGCUCGACAAGCAAGAGGACAAAGCUACGUUGGAUAAACUAUUUCGUUCUCUGCAAACUCAUGAUUUAUUCAUUUUACUGCAACGAAGACUGGAUGAGCGCAUGCAAACUCAAAAGCCUCAGAAAGUGGGUAUAGCUCGCUUUCGGCCUGCUGAGCUAUUUCGCGUUGUGAAUGAUAACGGGGCAUUUCGCUAUCUGGAAUUAGGGCUCGAAAUCGGUCUAACGUUUGAUCAAGUGAAUAUGGCAGCAGAAGGUCACCCAUACUCUGGCAAACUUCUAGCUCUCUACAUGACGAAAUGCAAAGAAGUCGGAGAAUAUAGAGCGGUUGCUCGUCUGGUGACAGCAGUUGAUAAAAUAUCUAUUAUGGGGUCUGUGGAGGAUGCUUUGCCGGGAGUGAAGGCAGCGUUGGAAGAAUCUUGCUUCUACAGUGGUUCACAUGUAAAAGAAGUAGAAGAAGCAACAGCAGCAUCAGCCGCAAGUCAUCACUCAUCAGAGAGUAAGGGAGAUGAGCAAUUAGUGCGGCAACUCAGGAAAAUUGUAGAACAGUUGAGAGAAGAAAGUUUAGCAACUAGCAGAGGAAUUGCUGAAUUGAGACAAGAAAAAGAAAAUGAAAGACAGGAGCUAGGAAGACGGAUGGGAGCUCUACAGCAACAACAUGAAAAUGAAAGAGAGGAGUUAGGGAGACAGAUUGAAGCUCUACAGCAACAAAAAGAAAAUGAAAGAGAGGAGGUAGAAAGGCGGAUUGGAUCUCUACAGCAACAACAUGAAAAUGAAAGAGGGGAGCUAGGAAGACGGAUUGAAGCUCUACAGCGACAAAAAGAAAAUGAAAGAGAGGAGCUAGAAAGGCGGAUUGGAUCUCUACAGCAACAACAUGAAAAUGAAAGAGAGGAGCUAGGAAGACGGAUUGAAGCUCUACAGCAACAAAAUGAAUUUCUAGGUAAGGAAUUGAGACAGAAGCAACUACAAAGGGAACACGCAAUAGUUGAAGCUGUCGACACGGAAAGAUUACUUGAGGAGACUGAUGAUGGAGAGGUACAACUUUUGCUUUUCAUGCUCCCUUUUCUCUUUUCUACGAUUUUGAUGAAAAGUUGAAGGAACAUUGGCAAGUAGAUAAACUUAGUUUUAGUGCAUUGGGUUAAACUUCAAUUGAGGUUUUUGAAUUACUAGGGAGAACAUUUGCUGGUAUCUGCUUGUAGUUAUAGUUUGCAUCUAAACUAAAUUCUAACUUCUGACCAAUUUCUGUUAGUUUAUCUAUUAAUUAAUGAAAUAUUGAAGCGUGCGUAUUUUGGAACAAAGCAACUGCUUAGCAUUUUAUAUUUGUUGUUUGGACCUUCUGGUAGUCACGUGUUUGCUAUCUCUGUAC